AUGCCAGUUGCGCUUACAGACAUGAGGUUGACCAAGCUGGAAGUUCUGGGCUCUCCUGACAGGAUCGAAGUCAGAGGAUGCCACACAGCCACAGGCAAACGGGAACAGGCGAUACUCGAGGUCAGGGACAGAAGGCUGGAGGUCAAAAUGACCCAGUCCUGUAUCAUGUACAUGAGGGUGUUGAGGCCCCAGAGUCUCAAGAUGAACAGUUUGCAGGACGAGUUCAGAGUGACAAAGACGCCCUCAGAGAAGGACGAAUCAGACUUCAUGUGUCCAGACUCAGGACUGAAGACUCGGCAUGGACAAGAGAACUUUGAGUUCUGGACUUUCUUCAGUCUCAUCAGGGAAUUAAACAAACAGCAAAGGGAGAAGAUGAUCUGCAGGAUCCUUCUGCUCAUCAGCCUGACCUCCUGUGUCUCUGGAACAUUUGUAGUGAAAGUGACUCAGAGCUCCUAUCAGGCAGAGGAGAACCACAACAUCACACUGGAAUGGAUGUUUACAACCAAACCUGACAGUUCCUCCACCUCACUGAACAUCUUCUGUCAACUGUUGACUGAUCACAAAGACCCAGUCCUGUAUCAUGUACAUGAGGGUGUUGAGGUCCCAGAGUCUCAGGAUGAACAAUUUGCAGGACGAGUUCAGAGUGACAAAGACGCCCUCAGAGAAGGACGAAUCACACUUCAUGUGUCCAGACUCAGGACUAAUGACUCGGGUCUGUACAAGUGUGAAGUGUUCACAGAUUAUGGUGUGAGCUCUGACAGAUGCCACCUCAAUGUCACUGCAGCUGUUGAUCAGCCAGAACCUCAGAAACCUACUGAGAGACCACAACCAGAGAGUCGGGGAAGGAUCGGCCUCUAUGUUGGACUGACAGCAGCUGGACUCAUUGUCUGUGCUGGACUCUGCUUUGCCUUCAGACUUUGUUUAACUAAAUGUCCUGAUAAGACAGGACAUCAUUUUAAACCACUUCUCUCCUCAAGUAAAUCAAGUAAACGUGAACAGACCGCAGUGAAUAUGGUGGUGUGA